AUGCUGAAAGGCGGAAAGAAGGCAACACCACCACCCGUACAGUCUGAGGAAGCCUCGCAGCAGUCUUCAUCUCCUCCUUCGCCCUCAGCAUCCAUGGAUGUGCAAGCACUUUUCCGAUGGAUGGCAGACAGGGAGGACGCAGCACGGGCCGAGAGGGAAGAACAGCGGCGAGAAGACGCAGCAUGUUUUGAAGCUCUGCUAACAAGACCGGCGCUGCUUACACCACAGUCUUCGAGUACUGCUGGGAGCACCUCUGCCCCGCCAGGCCCACCUGUUGCACCACCGACUCCUAGAGCGGCUGUACAGCCCCCACCUCCUCUUCCUUCGGAUGUUACGUACCAACAGUUCAGGGAAUGGAGGCGGAAAUGGGAAGAUUACGUAACUAUGGUGGACAUAGCAAGCCUGCCCCGCCCCGAACAGCUGAUCCAGUUACGGAUGUGCCUUUCACUGGAGACUCAGAGAGUGCUGGAGCACACGUUACAGGUGCAUCCAAGCUCCACUUCUCCCGUCGAAGAGGUGCUCGAUAUUCUCCAGAAACACAUCAAGGAAUCCAGCAAUGAGGCACUGAGGUGGCGGGCGUUCACCACCUGCAAACAGGUUACAGGAGAGUCUUUUGCAGACUUCUUUGUGAGGCUCAAGAGUUUGUCUGAAGAGAUUGAUGUCUGCAAAGCUCACAGCAUAGAGUGUAAAGAAGCCUGGCUCAAGCACGGCAUCCUCACUGGUGUGCAGGACGAGGAAGUAGUGCAGAAGAUCAUCGCCCUCGACGCUGCCGCCACACUCGCGGACGUCGUGACAUUGUGCCGCUCCUACGAGGCCACCAGGACGGCUGCCUUGGCCUUACGUGCUCCUCCUGGAGUCCGUGCUGUCUCUCAGUACAGGAAAGACAAGAAGACGGACCAUAGAACCAAGGCAGACGCACGUUCGGCUGUGUCUUCACCGCCCCUUUCCUGCAGUAAUUGCGGCAAGCAACAGCACGGCCCCAAAGGCUGCCCUGCUACGGAGGCAGUGUGCCAUGGUUACGGCACGACAGGGCAUUGGUCAUAUACAGAAAAAUGUCCAGCUAAGACUGUCCAAUGCAAGGCAUGCAGCCGAUAUGGACACUUCGAGAAACUCUGCAAGUCUUCCAGGCCCAAGAGUCAACAUUCCGCGAAACCCAAGCCUCAGAAGUCGAAGAAAAACGGCCAUGCCACUAUCCAUGUGGUGCGAACACAGUCUCCGUCAGGGGUCCCCAGGUCUACCAGGCAGCAAGCGAGUAGCGUACGCAGAGUCCAGUCGACCGCUCGGGUCAAGCCCACGCCUUCUCCUACCAUACGCGUGGUCGUCACACACGGUGAGAGGUCAAGUAGCAUGGAGGUGAUACCUGACACAGGCGCCAACACCAUGGUGAUAGGCCCACAGCAUCUCCAGCACCUGGGCCUCACGAGGCGUAACCUACAACCGCCACCCCUGCUUGAGUACGACAACGCAGAUGGGUCCAAGAUGCCCGCUGCCUUAGGUUCCCUCCACGUGGAGCUCACCUAUGGCAAGUUGUCGUGUUCAGGGUGGAUUGAUGUACAAGGUUCCCUUAGUACUCCCUUGCUCUCCUGGCAGCACUGCAGGGAUUUAGGCAUCAUACCAAAGGACUUUCCAUGGCAGAUAACCGACACCGUUAGUACCAUCGGCAGAAUUCGGGAAUCGAUAAAUGCUACGCCAGUGGCCACUGUACAGUGCCACAGGCAACCAGACUCCGCAGUUGCCCCACCUCCUGCACCGUCGCCAUCACUCCCACUGCAUGCCAACACAUCUCCUGCAGAGGCCAAGGAGUACUUCCUCCAAGAGUAUGCAGAUGUUCUUGUGAAGAAGGACGACCUACAAAAGGCACCGCUGCAGCCUAUGAUGGGACCGCCUAUGCGGAUUCAUCUCAGAGAAGAUGCGAAGCCCUUCGCCGUCCACACACCCUGGCUGAUUCCCCGGGCAUACCAAGACCAUGUGAAGGCCGAGUUAGACUCCAUGGUGGCGCAGGGUAUCAUCACUCCAGCUGAUGAGGACCCAUCUCCUUGGUGCCACCCGAUGGUUGUCGUCCCGAAGGUCAGGGGAGGCGUACGCAUCACCACCGACUUGUCGAAGUUAAACAUCCAGGUGUCCUUCCUGGCCCAUCCGUCGCCUAUGCCAUUCACAGCGAUCAGGAGUGUCGAACCAGAGGCCAAAUACUUCACAACAAUCGACGCUUUGUGUGGUUACUGGCAAAUCCCUCUGGCCGAGGAAGACCAACAAGUUACUACUUUCAUCACUCCUUACGGCCGCUUCCGUUACCUCCGUGGCCCCAUGGGUUUUGCCGCCACUGGAGACGCUUUCUGUCGACGGAGCGACCUGGCUCUGCAGAGAUUGACGCAGUGUGUGAAGGUAGUGGACGAUCUCCUGUUGUUUGACAAGGAAUACCUUUCACACCUCCAACAACGUUCUGCUGAAGCAGUCUCCUUCUGCGGCUACCAGCUCUCUCACGACAGCAUUGUAGCAGACUUUGGGAAGGUCCAGGCCAUCACGGACUUUGUCAAGCCAGCCAACCUCACAGACCUGCGGUCAUUCAUGGGCCUUGCAAAUCAACUGGCUGACUUUUCUCCGGAUAUAUAUACCGCUGCUGCCCCACUCCGCCCGUUGAUGAGCCCAAAGAGAGCGUUCAUGUGGACCCCUGACCACGACCAGGCUUUCGAACGUGUCAAGAAGGCCUUGUCCAGUCCACCAGUCCUCGCAGCAUUUGACCCUGACCUUCCGGCUGUCCUACAAACGGACGCUUCGCGCUUGUACGGCCUGGGAUACGCUCUCCUACAAGACCACGGGGGAGGACACUUCCGUCUAGUACAGUGUGGCUCACGCUUCUUGACGGAUACGGAGACUCGCUAUGCCACAAUCGAGUUAGAGUUGCUGGCGGUAGUGUGGGCUAUGAAGAAGUGUAUGUUCUACCUCACGGGCCUGCAGCACUUCACCCUUGUAACGGAUCAUCUCCCGCUUGUCCCUAUCCUCAACAGCUACACACUAGAUGCCAUUGACAACCCACGUUUGAAACGCUUGAAGGAGAAGAUAGCGGCUUUUGCCUUCACCGCAACGUGGCGCCCGGGGAAAGAGCUGUGCAUUCCUGAUGCCCUCUCACGCAUCCCAGUGACCAACCCGACCACCGAUGAUGAAGCCCUUGAUGCCGAAACCAGCUUCUCCGUCAGGAGCAUUGUCACUUUGGGAGCAGUCGAGUCCCAGCGACCCAGCGAUGGAGGAGCUUCGGUGGGCGGCCUAUGA